ACACACACACAGAGUCAGACUGAAGUGAACAUCUCAGUGUGUCAGAGAACAGAAAUGUGCGCGCAGAAGUGAGCAGCAGAAGCAGCAGCAGCAGCAGCGGCGGCGGCAGAAGGGUCUUUGUAGCCUCUUCAUCAGAACACUCCGUUCGUUGUGUCUUCACAUGUUUGCCGCGGCAGCGGAAGACAAGCGAGUGCACACGUACAAACACUUUCUGUGCACACAGCAGCUGAAUGCUGGUGUUUCUGGACUGUCCUCGCGCUUUCUCUCUCUCUCUGCUGCUGGUUUGUCAUCGUCGUUGUCUCAAGGGAAACUAGUGCAAAUCUAAAUUUGAGAAGCUACAACCACAAAGCAGGUACCAGUCCGAUGUCCUCUCCUCCUCCUCCUCCUCCGACAGUGUGAUGCAUCAUGGCUCCGGUGCUGAGUGGAGUGUGGUGGGGGCCGGAGGCCGGUGUCGUCGGGUCGGGGGCGGCAGCUGCCACUGGUGUGGCGUCUUGGCUCGGCAGUGAGCAGCUGGUGCUGGUCAUCACCCUCAGCGCCUUCACUGUCCUGCUGCUGGUCUCUGUGCUGCUGCUGCUGUGUGCGAGCUGCCAGGGGCAGAAGAAAACAAUCAGUGGACAUCCAGCAGGAGACCACGACAACCUCAUGAAUGGAGUGUCGGAGAGAGACACGAUCAGCCAAUCGGCAGACAGUCCGGCGACGGACAUGGCCGUCAGCAGCUCUCACAACGGUCCUUUAACUAGCGGUACAAUCCUCUCAGACACACAGGACACCAGUCCUCAGCCCUCUGAGGAGUUGCUUUCCAGCCAAUCGGAACUCAGGUCCUCCAAAUGUCCUCAGGACCGCGAGCUUCCCAGCAUCCCUCCCAACAAUGCCCUUAUCAGUGACGGACCCCCAGCCUCCGGGGACAGCACCUAUGAGGUGGUUAAAGAGAUCGCAGCAGCGUCACGCGACGUCAGUGUUGAAGACUCUCUGUACGAGACAGUCAAGGAGCUCAAAGAUCCCGCCGCACAGCCUGGCCUCCCCAACGGUACCGUCCGGCCGAGUCCAGACCAACCCCCCCCUCACCCCCCCGCACUCUUCAACGGUAACCUCAGCCCGUGCACACCUGAGCGGCUUCCCCUGUGCGCCGGGGUGGAGUACGCCUCCGUCGACCUGAAGAAGAAGAGCCGCCACAGCGCCGACAUGGAGGCCAAACGCCGCUCCGAUAACGCGGCCGCGCCCUCCCACAAGCCUCUGCAGGAACCAGAGGAGGACUUGCCCCCGCCAGUGCCGGAGAAGGUUCUGGACGAAAACGACAACCAGCCGGUGGUGAUGAACGGGCUGGCAGGGGCCGGGCUGCACAACGGAGAGUUACACUCCCCCCUGUCUCCCCCGCCAGGGUUCAACAACCACAUUCUGUCAGACAAUGGAGCAGCAGUGUACUCUACAGUCGACAAGACGAACCGUGGCGACGCGCUCGAGGAGGACAAAGAGCACGACUACAGCAGCAUCGCCGAGCUCAAAGGUCUGGUCCCUGCCUCUUCCUCCAGCGACCUCUACGCCACUGUCCGAGACAUCUACACCCAGCCCGACGACCCUCAGCUGGGGGGCGACCAGAUAUUGGACAGCAUGGAUCCCGGCUAUGAAACCAUCCGCAUCCCAAAGACUAAUGGCUUGGAUGAUGAGCACAGGGCGAGGCCCGGGGCGGAGGGUUCAGACGCUGCCACAGCGGAGCCCGACUAUGAGAGCGUUGGAGAGUUGGGUCUGGGUAGCGAAGCGUCCCGCCUCUAAGUGCUUUCUUAUCAUCUUCAUCUGUGGCAGUUUGGGAGAAGCCUCUUCCCUGACACAUCGCACAGAUGCCACCGUCGUGCUUUGAACCUGCAUGAC